GUUUGGCUAUUGCAAAUUUAUUAAUUGGUAAAUUAGAUGGGAUGCCUAGUAAAUCAUAUUUAGUUGCAUAUAAAGAACUAGAAUCCACCAAUUAUGAAACUAUUUAUCAGUUUAUUAAUCCCUUGUUAACAAUAUUUCCUGGUAUUAAACAAAAAGUAUUACUUUUUAUUAGUGAUGCUGGUAUUUAUAUGAUCAAAGCAAAAAUAAAAAAUAAUAAAAAAUAA